UCUUGUUUUUUAUUUGAAUAUUUUGUUAUAUCUCAUUGACAUUAUUAGCCUAGUAAUUAGGUUUGGUAGAGAGAAUCUGUAUUUUAAUGUAAUAAUGUGUGUUAUGCAAGACAAAUCAAUUUAUGCAUUAAAUGUACCUUCUUAUUGAGGCAAUUUCUUCCUUGAUAAGACAAUGUGAAUGAAAAGCUCAAAAUUGCAAUUCUAUUUAGAGUUUCUAUCAUCUCCAUAACUCACCAUGUGACAUUCAUAUCUUUUUAUGAGUUGUUGAACUUUCCCUUUUAUGAUUCAUAUAGUACAUUCCAACCUUAUGUGUAUUAAUUCGUUGCUAAGGUUAGAAGCUAUUAUUAUUUUCCAUUUCAAGAAAAUCAAAUUAAGGAAGGUUAUUAUUUUUUAGCCAACUUGGAUAGAUAAUAUUUUGGAGCUAUCAACCUUUCAUUUUCUUUUGAGGUUUUUGACAUAUUGGUAUUUCUAUUCUGUUCAAGUUUAUGGUUUUUGUUGAUAAUUAUGAACAUGUCUUCAUCAGAACCACAUUCUGAGACAAGUCAUUAUGAUGACUAUGGAUUUGAUCUGCAACAGGACUUUUCUCAGUUUUUGGAAGAAGCAAAGGAACAUGGACAAGAAGCAAAACAAAAAUGUUCAUCAGUGUAUCCUGAAGAAUCUAGAAAAACAGGAUCAGAGAAAGAGAGAAAGGGAAAGAAGACAUGGAAGAGUUCACUGACUUCAUGGUGGAAAGCUGACAAAAAAAUCAAAGUUAAAGAAACACACAACAACAAUUCUAAAUCAAAAGUUUCUGAGAAAAGACAAGGUCAUGUUUCUGGUCCAAUACAUAACUCCUACAAAGGUAAUGAUGUGAAGCACAAGCAUCAUUUUUCUGGUCCUCUAGCAAAUUUGUUUAAACCUACAAAAAGAGAAGAGAAUGAGAUACCUUAUAUGUGUCUGCAACAACAAAAUGGUCAUCCUGUUCAGAAUUAUGGUCCCCUUUAUGUGGUUACUUGACUCUUUGUAUCACUACCUAAAUUAAAGGUGUGUCCGGUGUCUAAUACUUGUAGUUGUCUGACACAUAAAGUUACAUUUAGUUUCUUAAAUUUUUCAAAUUAUGAUCAGCAUAUCAUAGUCAUCAAUAAUGUGUCACGUGUAAGAGUCAAUAGUAGCGUGACAUGUAAGUGUUUCAUAGAUCACUACUAUAGUUGCAAAUUCAGGUUACACAAGUUUGAUAUGUUGAUCUUAUGCUCUACAAAAUUGAGUGCUAAUGUAUUGGUUGUUGAGAGACUUUUGCUGACCAAUGUAAUAGAACAUAUAUUAGUAAGAUGAAUGAUUUUGUAAUUUUUUUGAGUUUGAA